AUAGUUCAUCAAUUUUCGUCUGAAUUUGUGAUCGAAAAUCGACGCUGGUGUGGACAACUGGACAUACAGUUUUUCUAGCAGUUCUUACCUCUAAAGGGGUCCAGAAGUACCCUUCAAAACACUGCUGGAAAUAUUCCAUUAUCCUUGUUCUUGUCCAGAAGGAAAACUUUCCCAACAUGAAGGAUGUUAUUGAUGUGAUGGAACUACAAAGAGAAAAAACUCGAAAGAAUCCACAAUUAGACUACAAAAAGUUGGAUUUCAACAAUGGGUUCACACCAGCCAGAUUUAUAUUUGAAUGUGGAAUGAAGCUGAAUGGUCAGCCCCUUACUUUGGCUACUGCUAGUGUGGUCAUGCACAGGUUCUUCAGAGAAGUUGAUCCAUCAAACUAUGACUGUUAUUUGAUUGCAGCUUCAUCCCUCUACCUGGCCGGCAAAGUGAAAGAUGACCCCCUGAAAAUCCGCGACAUCAUCAAUGUGUCCCACAACACUCUCCAUAGGGGUAGCAGUCCCCUGGAGAUUGGGGAUGAGUACUGGAACAUGAGGGAUGCCAUUGUGCAAGCAGAGUUGCUCAUCAUGAGGGUCCUCAAAUUUGAAGUGGGGACCACACACCCUCACAAAUACAUGCUGCAUUAUCUCAGGUCCAUGGAGGGCUGGCUGGGCAAAGAACAGUGGGAGACCAUCCCCAUAGCCCGAGCCUCCGCCGCCUUCCUCCAGGACUUCCACCACGACCCCAGCAUCCUGGACUACAACCCCAGGCACCUUGCCAUUGCCUGCAUCUCGCUAGCCCUUCAGUGCUAUGGGGUGCAAUUGCCACUUAUCGAAGACACUGAUGAUGAGGCAUGGUACAACGUUUUUGUGAAGGAUCUGCCCAAGGACAAGCACUGGGAGAUCAUGGAGAAGAUCAUGGAGACUUACAACAAGGAGCCUGGGAGCCCUUGAGGCUGUGUGACUGAGGAUUUAUGAUGAGCUGAUGAUUCGAUCUAGAAUUUCUUGGAUGAUUAUAUUAAUUUUUAGUGAUUUCAUUGUAUUUUUACAUGCAGGAAAACUUGCAAUUGAGAUACAAGUAAUGAAAAGGUUACUUAUUUGCAUUUUUCUUGGACAAAAUUGAAUAAUUUUCACUAGUAUUAUAGAUUUUAUAGUAGGUAUAUCACAUUAUGAAUUAAGGUUUCAUAUAGUUGAAAUGAUGAUUUAAGUUUUUGUAUUGAUUCAAAUUAUUUUCUGAAUAAAAAUUUCCUAUUCAGAGUU